UUAAACACAUCUGAAAGGACACAUUGAGGCGACCUCUGAGGAAGCCUAAAGCUGAAACUGGACACUUACACAACUUUGAUUUUUCAACCAGUAACCAUGAAGUCUAGGAGACCCAGCUGCACCGACUCCGGAUCAGAGUCCUCAGAGGCAGACCCCCAGAGUCCAGAGAAGUACGAGACCUCCACGAGGCGGCGGAUGGCUGCCAAUGCCAGAGAGAGGAAGAGGAUGGAGGGUCUGAACACGGCCUUCGACCGCUUGCGUAAAGUGGUCCCCCAGUGGGGCGAGGACAAAAAGCUGUCCAAGUAUGAAACCCUGCAGAUGGCCCUCAGCUACAUCCUGGCCCUCAACCGGAUCCUGACCGACCCCAGGAGACACAACGCUCCUCACAGGCAGUGGUUGGACUUGCAGUUUGACUGCGUGCAGCCUGAAAACUACGCCUGCCAUUUGAGGUACGACUCUCCCACUGAGCAGGACUACAUCUCGUCCUUCUCCUAUCAGUUCGAUGGCCAUCAGCUCCACGCAUAAACUGCUGCCAUUGGGCACACAAUCAGUCAUGUUGUUGGAUGUGAGUGACAAUGUGAAAAAGUCUCCUUCAAUCAAGGAGACAGUAAAUACAUUUGUAUUGCAUUAUUUGUAUGUUUUAUUUAUUUAGUUUUUGUAUGACAAUCUCUUAUUUAUUUUUGCUAGAAAAAGCCCAGAAAUGUUGAGCAUUUUUUUUGUUCAAGUUAUCAAGUUAUAGCGAUGACAGAAAUGUGGUGUCAUUAUAAAGCCCACGUGCUUGUUCUGAAGAUACAGGAAAUGGAACAUCUUCUAUCAGUGUUCUUGAUACGGCCCUAAAA